AUUUCCUCAGUGUUACUGCAGUCCACUGACUAAACCAGAAAUUGAGAGGAUGAGAAACGAAAGCAACACGCUUGACGCACGGUGUAUAAAUGAAUACGAGCAGUAAAUGACACAAAUUUUCAAUUUCGGAUCCAGUUGAGCGCGCGCAAUGGGAGCGUCGCGCUUGCGGGCGUCAGUUUGAUAAAACAACGACUUCUCAAAGUUGUAUGUUGGUGGAUAAAGAAGAAUCAAGAUGAAGAAGCAGUUUAACCGCAUGAAACAGCUCGCCAACCAGACUGUUGGGAGAGCAGAGAAGACAGAAGUACUGAGUGACGACCUUCUUAUGAUUGAACGACGCUUGGAAAAUAUGCGAUUGGUCUCCCAUAAUGCACACAAGAAGAUGUCCAUGUGUCUGCAGGGUAACCCGGGCACAGAUGCGGAGAAGAGACAUAAAAAGCUUCCUCUCACGGCCCUUUCACAAUCCAUGCUGGAUGGAGGAAAUCAGCUCGGAGACGAGUCUUUUAUCGGGAAGAUGAUGGAAGUCUGUGGGGAAGCUGAAAACAAACUGGCCUUUGAGCAGAGCCAACAUGAGGUUCAGCUGGAGAGAGAUGUUCUAGACCCUCUCAACCUGCUAACAGAGGUGGAGAUUCCUAACAUCCUGAAGCAGAGGAAACAUUUAGCCAAGCUUGUGUUGGAUUUUGAUUCUGCAAAAGCCAGGUAUCACCAGGCCACAAAGGCUUUUCCUUCAUCUGCAAAUGCUCAAGCAAUGACUGCCAAACUUGACAUACUUAAGGAGGAGAUGGAUGAAGCUCAGAACAAAAUGGAAAUAGGCAAGGAUCAACUAGCAGCUGAAAUGUACAGCUUUUACUCCAAGGAAGGAGAAUAUGCCCGUUAUUAUGUGUUGUUGUUAGAAGCUCAAGCUGAAUACCACAGAAGAGCCUUGGCGUCCAUCGAGAGCGUCCUGCCCGCCAUACAGUCACAGCAAGAUAAAUGGACAGAGAAGCCAGCGUUUGGCACAGCUCUGGAGGAACAUCUGAAGCGCACCGGCAGAGAGAUCGCUCUGCCCAUAGAGGCCUGCGUCAUGAUGCUGCUGGAGACCGGCAUGCAAGAAGAGGGUUUGUUCCGUAUCGCUGCUGGAGCCUCGAAACUGAAGAAGUUGAAGGCGGCACUGGACUGUUCCACUUCCCAACUGGAGGAGUUUUACUCUGACCCUCACGCUGUUGCUGGAGCCCUCAAAUCUUACCUGAGGGAGCUGCCUGAACCUCUGAUGUCCUACCAGCUGUAUGAAGAGUGGAUUCAAGCCUCAAGUAUUUCUGACUCUGAUAAGAGGCUUCAGGCGCUGUGGGUGGUGUGUGACAUGUUACCAAAGCCCAACAAAAACAAUUUUAGGUACCUGAUAAAGUUUCUUGCCAAGCUUGCUCUGGAAAGCGACAUCAACAAGAUGACUGCAAGCAACAUCUCCAUCGUACUCGGCCCCAAUUUGCUGUGGGCCAAAACAGAGGGAAGCUUCGCUGAAAUGGCAGCCACUACUUCCGUCCAUGUCGUGUCAAUAAUAGAACUGAUGAUCAACCAUUCAAGCUGGUUCUUUCCUGAAGAUGUGGACUUCAACGUUUCAGGCAUGUUUUCCAUGCCUGGGUGCCCGGGUACCCCUGACUCCGAAGCCGGAUCCAUAGACAGGAGACGCCCAGGCAGCCAGAGCUCGUUCGAUUCUGACCCUCCCCGCAAAGACAGCACUGCUAACAAACAGCCGGAAAUCACCCCUCGUAGAGCUGGCACAAUAAAUAAAAAGCAGCACUCCACGCCUAACUUCCAGCCCCCUCUCCCUCCCAUUGACGCCGGGGGGGUUCCCGUGUUUGAGCCCUCCCCUCUGUCGCCCGGUGGCGGGGGUCUGGAGGCUGGGCAGGCGGGAGCUGUGGUGUCUCAGAUGCAGCAGCCUUUAGCUCAGCAGAACCCUGCCACGGAGAACAGUAACAUGACCCGAGAACCUGCGACCACACCUCCAGCCACGAGGAACGGACCGGGAGGUUCGAGUGGGACAUCCGCUCAGCUGAAUGUGGGGACCCCUACCUCAGGUCCCAAGGGCCCCAGUCCGUUCUUGGUGCGCAGAGGUACAAAGAAGCAAGCGCCUGCACCUCCCAAACAGACUGCCACACCUCAGAGUGUAAAGACGGCUCCUAACCAGCCCACACCAGGCCAGUCCUCGGCCCAGAGCAUCCCUCAGCCUCUCAUCGCACCCCGUCGCAACAACCAGACCCCCAUCCAGGCCCCCAGUCACCCUCCUCCUCAACCUCCUCCCCAGAGCACAGAAGAACCAGACCAGUCCCUUCCCAGAACCCCCACCCCACCCGGUACACCGCCCCACGACAACUCCCAGACCCCCCUCACUACCUACCCCUCCGGCUCCCUGCCACGCCCCAGACCCACCCCUCGCGUGCGACCCAAACCCAGCGGCCCGCCACCACCCCAACCAACAAGCGAUGGUGCCAAUGGUGUCUGUGUGUCUGGAUCCAAGAUCAUCUCAGAUGUGUGAUCUUCUGCCUGUGAGGUCUGGUUUGAGUGACAGGCGAUGAUGGAGAUGGAGAUGGAGAGGAGAGAUCUUUUACGGGACCAGGGCUGGAUCUUGUCCCGGAGCUUGAGGAUGAAUCCUUGGAAACAACCACCGAGGAUGAACACCAAUCAGAAAACACCGCCCUGUGAGGUGGGCGGAGUCCAGUCUUCACACAGCCAAUCGAAAGCUAUGUUCGUAAUGGAAUACUAGCAUACUGCACCGUAUAUUCCUACCGUUUUUAAGGAUGUGAACGUAUCCAACGUGAGACAAACAUUGUCACAUGACCUCUUUAUAUACCGGUUACCUCAUGAAUAAAUAGUUCAAGUAAAAUAUGUCUCAACUUUUGGAAGCGUGAUCAAAUAAAGAGUCAUGACAGUUGUAGUUUAAACGACACUGGAAAUGGAAGGUCAAGUUAAUGCAUUGCAUUAUGGGAUACGGCACCCAGCACAGUGUGCAAAUAUAGUAGGUCAUCUGGGUAUAUUUUAAGCAUACUGAAAGUAUGCAAAGUGUACAUACUACACACAGUAUAGUAGUAUGCUAUUCCGAACAUAGCCACUUUUAGCCCCUGCAGAUACAGUCCCAUUUACACAAAAUACAUGAAACUAAACAGUCUAGAAGCUUCCUGGAGUCUCUGUCCUCACAAUGCUGGCACAUUGUAACCAUAAGCCGGGAAGAAAUCAGUACGCACAUAUUAACAUGCUCUACAAUCUUGAUUUCAUUCACAAACGGCAUAAAGCUGAUAUGGGUUCAAAUAUCAAAUAUGAAUGUCUUUGAGUUUUGUGUAACAAGCGACAUAUUUGUGCAAAUCACACAGUUUGUGUGGCUGAUCUUCCACACUUCACAUUUAAGUUGUUUAUAAUGGUGAAUGUCAUUUAUUCAAAUUUAUUUUAAUUGUUCCUUUUCUCUUUAAAUACUUGUGUAAGUGUAAAAAAUAAUAAUAAUAGAACAUUUGAAUUGAAAUGAGGUUGAGAAUGAAAAAUACUGAUUAUAGAGAUACAAUUCAUUUUGAUACAUGUGAUUUGUAUUUUUAAGUAUUUGUCCUGGGGUGCAAUACUGACUAUCAUGGCAUUAAAGUCAGUUUUCUAUUAGUUUAUUUGUUUAAAAAAAAUAGUAAUUGUGUUUCACAACUGUUUCACAGUUUUUCAUCCACUAAAAUAAACCCUGCACAUACUAUUAUGAAAUAGUUCGUUGUCAAAAUGACCAAAGAUGCUCUUUUAAAAGAUCCGGUGUCAGAGCUUUAGGGGUUUGUUUCAUCAUGUUGUAUGCAAUUCACAAAGCGCACUGACAACAUUAAUGUGAACGAGUGAAUUAUGGAUCUGUCAAGCUCAGGAACCGUCAGCUAGAAAGCCAAAAGUCAUUCAUUCCUUUCAAGAGGGAAUAUGUAUUUUAUUUCUGUGGUUAUGUUCUCUUUAAUGUGCUUUCUUAAUUGUACAUAUUGAUUUUUCCCCCCCCCUUUUCUAUAUCUGUGUGCACAUUUCCUGCCUCUGAAUUCUUUUUCUUCACAUGUGCCUCAGAUGAACAAAUUUUUUCUGAUUAUAUAUCUAAUAAAAAGCUUGAUUACAGAAGCAAGUUUGAUCUCAAAAGUUGUUUUUUAAACACCGUUUAAUUUACAGAAACAUCAAGGACAAAAUAGUUUUCAUAGGAGUUAAAGUUAGGGUAGGCAAUGUUUUUCAUAAACACUUUUUGUUAUACUGGUUGAAACUCUAUUCACAUCCUGAUGGCAAUCAAUAAUAGAAGUGGUCUAAAUAUUAAAUGUACAUAAUCCUUUGUGGAAGAC